CCGAGGCGUGGACUCGGGAAGCCUCGGCGUCGGGGAUAAAAGGGCGCUGGCUGGCUCUGCCGCGCUGGGAAGCGGAGCAGCCUCGCCCCGGGCCCCGGGAAGGGCAUGGCCCCGGCCGACUCGCGGCGGUGACUCGCGCGCCCCAGACCCGUGGAUGCUCCCGGCGCACCGCUCCCGCGUACCUCGGCUUCCCAAGGGCAGGUGUCCCAGGACCACGCACCCGGACAAGAUGCUGACGCAGGCGCACUGGGGGGCACUCUCCGUGGUGCUGAUCGUGGUCUGGGGCCAUCCGCCGGCCGCGCGGGCCUGCCCUCACCCCUGCGCCUGCUACGUGCCCAGCGAGGUCCACUGCACCUUCCGGUCCUUGGCUUCGGUUCCCGCUGGGAUCUCUAAGCACGUGGAAAGAAUCAACUUGGGGUUCAACAGCAUCCAAGCCCUGUCGGAAUCGUCCUUCGCCGGCCUGACCAAGCUGGAACUGCUCAUGAUCCACGGUAACGACAUCCCGAGCAUCCCCGACGGGGCUUUGCGAGACCUCAGCUCCCUGCAGGUGUUCAAAUUCAGCUACAACAAAGUGCGCGUGCUCACCAGGCAGACGCUGCAGGGCCUCUCGGCCUUGCUACGCCUGCACCUGGACCACAACGAGAUCGAGUUCAUCCACCCGCGGGCCUUCCAGGGGCUGCUGUCGCUGCGGCUGCUGCACCUGGAGGGCAACCUGCUGCACCAGCUGCACCCGGACACCUUCUCCACCUUCGUGCUGCUGGACCACUUCCGGCUGUCCACCGUCAGGCACCUCUACCUGGCCGAGAACGCCCUCCGCCGGCUGCCCGACGGCCUGCUGCAGGGGCUGCCCCUGCUGGAGAACCUGUACCUGCACGGGAACCCCUGGGCCUGCGACUGCAGAGCCGCCUGGCUCCGCGGCUGGGGCGCCGCCUCCAGAGGGGUUCUCAAGUGCAAGAAGGACAAAGCCUACGAAGGCGGUCAGCUGUGUGCCACCUGUUCCAGCCCCAGGAAGCUCCUGAAGCAGGAGAUCCUCAAGCUGACCGACGUCGCCUGCCUCAAGCCCGCCAUCGAGUCCCCUCUGAGACAGAACCGGAGCCACCUGGAGGAGGAGGUGGAGGAGGAGGAGCAGGAACCGGAGGAGGCUGGCGAUUCCCAGAGAGCUCUGGAAGGCUCCCAGUCCCCACCGUGGAACAUCUCUCUGAAUAUGACCGACGAGCAUCGGAACAUGGUGCUUCUGCUGUGUGACAUCAAGAAGCCCAGGGGUCUGCACAGCCUGCAGCUGAACCAGACGGAUCCCCCGGAGAUCGACGUCAACGCCACGCUGGCCCUGGACCUGGAGUGUCCCAUGACCAGAGAGAACUACGAGAAGCUGUGGAAGCUGAUCGCCUACUACAGCGAGGUGCCCGUCAAGCUGCACCGCGAGCAGGCGCUCAGCGGGGACCCCGGCGUCGGUUACCAGUACCGGCAGGACUCCGACGCCGAGGCCCUGUACUACACUGGUGUCCGCGCCCAGAUUCUGGCGGAACCAGAGUGGGUCAUGCAGCCGUCCAUCGAGAUCCAGCUGAACCGACGGCAGAGUACGGCCAAGAAGGUCCUGCUCUCCUACUACGCCCAGUAUUCGCAGACGGUGUCCCCCAAAGACACCAGGCAGGCCCGGAGCAGAGGCUGGGUCAUGAUCGAGCCGGACGAGGCCGUGCCGAGCGCCCAGACCGUCCUGGAAGGGGGCCAGUGUCAGCUGAGCUGCAACGUCAAGGCCUCCGAGAGUCCGUCCAUCUUCUGGGUGCUUCCCGGCGGCUCCGUCCUGAAGGCGCCCACGGAGGACCAGGAGGGCAGGCUCUCCGUGCUCAGCGGUGGGCAGCUGAGGAUGCGGUCCAUGGAGCCGUCCGACUCGGGGCUGUACCAGUGCGUGGCUCGGGUGAGGGACGAAGUCGCCCGGAUGGCCUACCGGGUGCUGGUGGUGGCCGCCGUCAAUCAGCCCCUGGAGAGAGAGACGGUGAGCAUUGACAAGGGUCCCGGGGACUCGGUCAUGCUACCGUGCAGUACGCUGGCCGUCCCCGAAGCCCACGUUACUUGGAUCCUUCCAAACAGAAGAAUGGUCAGCGCUACGGCCAACGCCUCCCACGCCUACGUGCUGGCCAACGGCUCGCUCUCCGUCCCCAAGCUCCAGGUGGGUGACGGUGGCUACUACAGAUGCGUGGCCGCCAACCAGCAAGGGGCGGACCAGUACACGGUGGGCGUCACGGUGAGUAGGAAUGGGCCCGGCAGGUCCUCCAAGAGGGGCAGACGUCCGGCCGCCAAAGCUCUCUCCAGAGUCAGGGGAGAUGUCGUGGAGGACGAAGGAGGAUCGGGGACGGGAGAGGAAGGACAGCCCUCAAGGGGAGGUCCCCACCCAGAGGACCCAGAGGCGGCCAUGAAGACCAGGGACGAGGCUUCCCUGGGAGACAAGAAGGUCAAGAAGGGACGCCGGAAACUCAAGCUCUGGAAGCACCCGGAGAAGGAGCCCGAGGCCAACAUGGCGGAGGGCCGCCGGGUGUUCGAAUCCCGACGCCGGGUCAACGUGGAGAACAAGCAGAUCAACCCCAAGCGCUGGGCGGACAUCUUGGCCAGAGUGCGGGGCAAGAAUCUCCCGAGAGUCACAGAAGGACCCCGGGUCCUGGACCCCAGCACGUCCGCACCCCUGAGUCCAGAAGGGACGUCUCCUCCCCCCGCCGUCUCUCCCCCGUCUGCGUCCCCCGUGCAGACGGCCGCCGGCGAGGAGGGAUCCGCGGAAGACGCGGCUCCGUUGGUUGAAGGAGAGCAGGGAUCCAGUGCCGUCUCCCCAGCCCGGACGGGACCGGGGCCGACCCCCGGUGGCGUCGCUCUUGCAGGACCCCAGGUCACCGGGGUCCGUCUGGAAGAAGAAGUGGUCGAGGAGGACUCGGCGGGGAGGACUGAGGACCUGGCUCCCACCCCGGUGGACAUGGGGUGGGUGGCGGCUACCACCCCGCAGCCUGAGCCUCCCGAGUCGCCUCCUGCUCCGCGGACCUCAGACUCGGUCUCCGGAGAGCCCGCGGAGGAAGAGGCCGUGACGGAGCCGUGGUCGGCCGCAGAAGAGGCUGUGUCCCUGCCGGAGGGCACAGCAGGGGAGGACGAGCCUCCCCUGGACACAGCCUCCCUGGCGGAGUCUGAGAUCCUGCGAGUCCUCCAUCGGGAUCCGGAGACGAGUUCAGACCCUGGGGAGUGGAGGACCACUCCCCGCGUCCCUCCCACGCCCACCCGGUGGGUGGCCGACCCCGGUCCAUCCGAGUCGCUCGGAGAGCCAGGUGACCCGGCCCGGUCACCUCCGCGGGGGCCCAGCGACAGUUCCCACCUGGAGAAGAGCCGUCUGAAGGCCCCGCGUCCUCCACCGACCCAGCAGGACACGGAGGAGACAUCUCAGAGCGCUCCAGACCCCCGACCCUCCGUUCUGCCCGACCCCACGCCGGCAGCCGCGAGCCGCCGCUCUCCGGCCACGCAGCCCGGGGAGUCCACACCCGGCGCUCGGCUGGACCAGGGCACCACCGUGGUGGCCGCGACCACACCAAGUCACCAGAGCACUUCGCCAUGGGGGACGGCCACUCCUCGAAGGAGGCCCGGAGGGAGGAGGAGAUCCCGUCCUCACAAGCUCCGCCAUCGGCACAGGCAGACCUCAGCCUCCACCCCGGCCUCCACGGAGAGCCCAGUGGAGGCACCGGCUGGCACCCCCGAGACGAAGGCGCCCAAGCCAGAGGAGGGCACCCCGGUCCCCACCUCCUGGGCCGGCGACACGGUCGGCACCCCCAAGCCGUGGGACCUGGAGAAGGAUCCGGAGCCGGUCUCCAAGGGAACCCCGCGGAGGAAAAACGGGAAGAGGCUGAACAAGCAUCGGUCCUCCACUUCCACACCGCGCUCCCCGGCGCCUGCGUCCACGCCCAGCCCCGCUCCGGACAGCGGCCGGGAACGUGUCACCAGGCCCAGUCGGGAAACCGCGUCCUCGCCUGGAACGGUUCCGCUGAAAACCGGGGACCCCUACCAGGUCCCCAGAGAGGAAGAGGAUCCGACAACCACCUCAAAAUCAGCUUCGCCUGGUGACGGAGGCCAGGAGACCAUUCCCGCCACACACACGCCGGCCUCGGACGCAAGAGAAGCGGCAGAUCACGGUGUCACCGAGGUGGACGGCCAUGCAACUGACCCCUCGGUCCCCGGCGCACCUCCCACCGGCGUCUCGCCGACGUCUGCUUCCCGGGUUUCCACACUGCGGGGUUUCACGGAAGGGUCUCCUCCCCCGAGCCUCCCCGGAGCCUCCAGCUGGAGUCCCCCGGGGACGCUGCAGACGGACGCGAUGGUCACUGAUCUGGGGGGAGACGGCACAGACCCGCCCUGGGCCAAAGAGCCGGGAGACGUGGACUCCGCUCUUGCAUCUCCGGCUUCUUCUCGGGUCUCCACGCCUUCCCAGCUGGAGGAGGCCGCUGGAGCCUCGACCACCGUCUCAGACGGCCAGGUGGACUGGCCUUCCAGUCGGGCAGAAGCCACCCUCGGGGGUCAGGGCCGGGGUGACACCACGCUGGGCCAGGGGCCUUCGCAGACGGAACCCCGGGAGCCCACCUCGAGCCCUGCCCGCCGGCAGGAGGGGACAUCUCCGUCCCCGACCACCACGGCCGCACUGUGGGGACCGGCCACCGCCAAGCCCACGCUCCUCAGCCCGGGGACAUCUCCAGCACCCACGGAGGACGAGGACGAGGUUCUCCUGAACUCUGUGGGGCGUCCCGGAACCCAAGCAGCCCGGGUGGACAAUGAGGGGACGCGGCUGCAGUGGACACCCCCCGAACUGUCCACCCCCUCUUCCCACCAGGACGGGGGGAAGGACCUGGGGACGGACGCGUCCGGCAGCAGGAACAGGGGCAGCCCCUCCCCUGCCCCAGAGCGUCCUGCUUGGCGUGGGACGGUCCACCUUCCUCAGCCCCCGGCCGCCGUCCCCACCCGACCUACCGCACCGGCCGUGACCACGCAGAGCAGCUUACGCUCGGCCACCAUCCAGCCGUCUGGCCACUCCGCCCACAAGCUGGGAGCAACCGCAUUUCCUUCCAGGGUCCGGCCGGAGGACGGACGCUUCCCGGCCCCAGGACUGCCCGGCAGCCGGCUUCCCAUCCCGUCCCACCCGCCUGGCACGCCGGUCAACCAGGGAACCGGGGACUCCAGACUGUCCGGAAGUAACAGCGUCCCCGAGCCCCGGAGUCCCGUGGCCGAGCGUCCGAAAUGGCCGGUGCCUCCUUACCCGCUGGGCAGGUCCCCUUUCUUCACCGACUGGACGCUCUCUUCCCCACAGCUGAGGGUCACCGUCAAGCCUCAGACGUCCACCUUCCCCGCCCCAGUGACCAGAGAGAGGCACGUGGACCCCGGGCCCUACCACAGGGGGCGCCCGCAGGGCACCGUCCAGCUGGACUUGGGUCCACCCGCACCGCCUGUGCCGCGCCCUCCCCGGACCACGGCCGCGCCCCCCGUCCUCUCCACCCGCGGCUCCGUCCCCUGGGUGACCUCGUCCGCUCAGGCUUCCGGAAGCUUCCCCCAGAGCAGCUCCAAGCUCUUGGCCGGGGGACCAGCGACUUCCAAAUUCUGGACGCUGGGGGAGAAGCCCCAAAUCGUCACCAAGUCUCCACAGACCGCGUCCGUCACGGCCGAGACGGACGUCGCGUUCCCGUGUGAGGCCACCGGGAAACCCAAGCCCUUCAUCACCUGGACGAAGGUCUCCACAGGAGCGCUCAUGACGCCCAACAGCAGGAUCCAAAGGUUCGAGGUCCUCGCCAACGGCACCCUGGUCAUCCGGAGGGUCCAGACGCAGGACCGGGGUCAGUACAUGUGCACGGCCAGCAACCCGCAUGGCGUGGACAAGAUGGUGGUGGUGGUCUCGGUCACCGUGCAGCAGCCGCAGAUCCUGGCCUCUCGCUACCAGGACGUCACUGUCUACCUGGGAGACACGAUCGCCAUGGAGUGCCUGGCCCAGGGCACCCCGGCCCCCCAGAUCUCCUGGAUCUUCCCCGACCGCAGGGUGUGGCAGACCGUGUCCGCCGUGGAGGGCCGCAUCACGCUGCACGAGAACCGGACCCUGUCCAUCAAAGAUGCGUCCUUCUCGGACAGAGGCGUCUACAAGUGCGUGGCCAGCAACGCGGCGGGCGCGGACAGCCUGGCCAUCCGCCUGCACGUGGCGGCGCUGCCCCCGGUCAUCCAGCAGGAGAAGGCGGAGAACAUCUCGCUGCCGCCGGGGCUGAGCGUCCACAUCCACUGCUCGGCCAAGGCGGCGCCCCCGCCCAGCGUGCGCUGGGUGCUCUGGGGCGGCACGCAGAUCCGCCCCUCGCAGUUCCUCCGCGGGAACUUGUUCGUCUUCCCCAACGGCACGCUGUACAUCCGCAACCUGGCGCCCAAGGACAGCGGGCGCUACGAGUGCGUGGCCGCCAACCCCGUGGGCACCGCGCGCAGGACGGUACAGCUGAGCGUGCAGCGCUCGGCCGCCAACGCGCGCAUCACCGGCACCUCCCCGCGGCGGACGGACGUCAGGUACGGAGGGACCCUGCGGCUGGACUGCAGCGCCGCGGGGGACCCCUGGCCGCGCAUCCUCUGGAGGCUGCCGUCCAAGCGCAUGAUCGACGCGCUCUUCAGCUUGGAUGCCCGGGCGAAGGUGUUCAGCAACGGGACCCUGGUGGUGAAGUCGGUGACCGACAAGGACGCGGGGGAUUACCUGUGCGUGGCCCGCAACAAGGUCGGGGACGACUACGUGGUGCUGAAGGUGAACGUGGAGAUGAAGCCAGCCAAGAUCCAGCACAAGGAGGAGAACGACCACCGCGUCUUCUCGGGGGGCGACCUCAAGGUGGACUGCGUGGCCACCGGGCUGCCCAACCCGGAGAUCUCCUGGAGCCUGCCGGACGGUAGCCUGGUCAACCCCCUGAUGCAGGCGGACGACAGCGGGGCGCGCACCAAGCGCUACGUGGUCUUCCACAACGGCACGCUCUACUUCAACGAGGUGGGCCCGCGCCAGGCGGGCGACUACACCUGCGUGGCCGAGAACCAGGUGGGCAAGGACGAGAUGCGCGUGCACGUCAAGGUGGUGCCCGAGCCCGCCGCCAUCCGCAGCAAGGGCCCCGCCGUGGUGCAGGUGGCCUACGGCGAGGUGGCCACCCUGACCUGCGCGGCCAAGGGGGAGCCGGUGCCCCGGGUGACCUGGCUGUCGCCCACGCACCGGCUGAUCCCCGCCUCCUCCGACAAGUACCGGGUCUUCGACGACGGGACGCUGCUCAUCCAGAAGGCGCAGCGCGCGGACAGCGGCAACUACACCUGCCUGGUGCGCAACCGCGCGGGCGAGGACCGCAAGACCGUGUGGCUGCAGGUGCAGGUCCAGCCGCCGCGCAUCAACGGGCACCCGGGCGCCGUGGCCGCCGUGCACGAGGUGGCGGCCGCCGGCAGCCGCAGGCUGAUCGACUGCGCGGCGCGGGGCAUCCCGGCGCCGCGGGUGCUCUGGGCCUUCCCCGAGGGGGUGGUGCUGCCCGCGCCCUACCGCGGAAACCGCGUCACCGUGCACCGCAACGGCACGCUGGACCUGCGGGGCCUGCGCACCAGCGACUCGGCGCGGCUGGCCUGCAUCGCCCGCAACGAGGGCGGCGAGGCGCGGCUGGAGGUGCGGCUGACCGUGCUGGAGCCGGCGGAGGGGCCCGCCUUCCACGACCCGCCCCGCGAGGAGAUCACGGCCUCGGCCGGCCACACCAUCAGCCUCAACUGCUCGGCCGCGGGCAGCCCGCCGCCCAGCCUGCUCUGGCUGCUGCCCAACGGCACGGAGCUGGCCAGCGGGCAGCGGCUGCAGCGCUUCUUCCACAAGCGCGACGGGAUGCUGCACGUCAGUCAUCUGUCUCCCGGCGACGCGGGCGCCUACCGCUGCCUGGCGCGCAACGCGGCCGGCCAGGCGGAGAGGCGGGUCUCGCUCCGGGUGGGGCCCAGCCCCGCGCCCAGCCCGCGGCACCACAGCCUGGUCAGCAUCGUCAACGGGGAGGACCUGCGGCUGCACUGCGCCGCCCCCGGGGGCCGGCCGGGCCGCUUCUCCUGGACCCUGCCCAGCGGGCUGAGCCUGGAGGGGCCCCAGGCCCGGGGCCGCUUCUCCCUGCUGGACAACGGCACGCUGACCGUGCGCGCGGCCUCGGUCUUCGACAGGGGCACCUACGCGUGCAGGACGGAGACCGAGGCCGGCGCCGUGGUGCUCAGCACCCCGGUCAUCGUGAUCGCCUACCCGCCCCGCAUCACCAGCGAGCCGCGGCCGGUCAUCUACGCCCGGCCCGGCGGCGCCGUGGAGCUUCCCUGCCUGGCCAUGGGGCUUCCCAAGGCCGAGAUCACGUGGGAGCUGCCUGACAGGUCGCUGCUGACCGCCGCCCCGCAGGCCCGGCUCUACGGGAACCGGUACCUCCACCCGCAGGGAUCGCUGACCAUCCAGCAGGCCACGCAGAGGGACUCCGGCUUCUACAAGUGCACGGCCAGGAACGUCCUGGGCUCGGACUCCAAAACCACCUACGUCCACGUCUACUGAAAGCCCCUCGGGACGCGAGCCGGGCGGCUGCCCCUCGGGAGGCGAGGGUCUGCAGGGGUCAUCGGUAAGGAAACCCCAAGCAGCGACCGCAGGUCUGAAAGGGCACCUGGGUCCCUGCCGGGUUCCAGUGGAGGCUGGCCUCGACCUAGCCUCCUUGGAGGACCUGGCUUCCCUCCUGGGGAGCUGAGAGCCCACCGGACACUCUCAUCUCUCAUUUCCCAGGGGGACCUGGAUGGCUGCAGAGUCUGGUUUGCAAAUGUCCCUCAAGACCAUCCCUAAGACCCUGAAGAAACGUCUCUGAACACACACGGUGCUGAUCCGGUGUCUUGCCACCCCCGUGACAGGUCAUCCCCUGGUGAAUUCUCUGCACUUUUCCCCUGAUGCAACAAACAUUCCAGAAUUUUCCGGUUCUUUCCUCUGUUGCUUCACUAUUCCCUGGUGUCCCUUAAAAACCAUGAAUGCAUUCUGUUUGGUUUUGUUUUUUCAAUCUCCCGUUUCCUACGCAUACAGUUGCCCUCUCAGAUGUAAAGACUCUUCUGCUGAAAGCCACUUUUUAUAUACUGUUAUAAAUAUAUAUAUAUAAAUGGUUUUUUUCUUCCUAAUCAGACGAUGAGAAUAGAAAGAGAGAGACUUUCUAGCUCAUUAAAAAUAAUAAGUUAUUGGUCUUUACAAGACUCGGGUACAUUCCCGCAGACAUGGAAACGCAAUGAACAGGAGCGGCAGCCGCCGGGCGGGGGAGGCUGGGAGAUGGGAUGUCCUGCUGUGGGAAACGAAUCGGGAAAGCCGAGGUCGGGGGAUAGAAAAAGAGCGGAAGGGAGACGAGAAUCCCGGAGCCCAUGGAACCGAGUCCAGGGUCUUCCAAAAACUCAAAUGAAAUGAAAGAGCAAGCCAGGGGACUUCUCCGUGACCUGUCCACCGCGUCCUCUCAGCUGCUGCCGGAGAGCUGCUGCUUCCCUGACUGCUUUACUGUAUUUUCAAGGUCAAUUGACUGUACAUUUGACAAUAAACUAAUAUUUUCCAAAGA